AUGAACCUGAAUUGUGUUUUCAUAAUAAAUGGAAGCCAUAAAGAAGGUUUCAGAAUUGAGGAAUCGGACGUUGACUGGAUGAUUUGGUCAAAACACCACAGAGUAUUCUGGACCUUAUCUCAAGCUCAGGAUAACAAUUCAUCCAAACAAACACAGAUGCUGGCUGACUGUUCUGAGAGUCCUCCUGGAUUCGCUUUACUUCAAUUAAUAAAAACAAAAUCUUGUGAAAGUAUCCUUGAAACUAUAGUAAAAAUGAAUGACAAAUUCUAUAUAUCUAGUUCUCUCCACAAAAAGAAGCAAUGUUCAGAAUAUGGACAUGCUUUUAAAAUACACGGACCUUGUGUCAGUGGAGAAAUUGACCACGUAGAAUACGACAGUGCUUAUUGUUUUGCUUGCAACUUUUGGCCUCCAUCUGCAUCUUCAUGGACAGAGAGGUGCCAUUUUUGGCCGCCUUCUCAAACUGUAAAUGAUAUAGUUAAAACAGGUUGUCACUUUGUAGCAAUAGGAAGCAAACAAGGGAAUCAUGAAGACAUCGAAUGGAGAAUUUCUUUCUCUUUGGCGGAACACAAACUUGUGUUUUCUAUGAAUCACUUUCAGUUCUUAACUUAUAAUUUGUUAAAGCUUUUUCUUAGAGAGGUCAUUAAUAAGACAAUAGAGGAAAACAAAUUAUUGUCGUCCUAUCAUAUAAAAACGGCAGUGUUUUGGGCAAUUCAAAACAACGUCUUUCCUCGUUUGCGUCCAAAAAAUUUCCUGAAGUGUUUUUGGAUGUGUUUUAAAGUUAUCCUAAAGUGGGUGUAUGAAGGUUACUGUCCUAACUUCUUCAUUCCAGAAAAUAACAUGUUUCAUACCAAGAUUUUUGGUGCAACCCAGAACAAGCUUUUUGUAAAACUUUAUUCAUUGUAUGAGAAGGGUGUAUUAUUAUGUAUAUUAGAAAGUCCAAGCAUUAAGUCAUAUACUUUGUUCUUUCCCUAUAUCCACAACUUCUCAAGUGGUACGAAAGAGAAUGCUCUAAUAUCCCGGGCUGAGCUCGAAAGGGAGGUUUUUACUAAGAUCCUUGCAUAUAAUGCAGUUCUUAUUCCUAAUCUGACCUUCUGUUUGAGGGUUUUAGACUCGAUAGAACAACUCAUUGGUGAACCCUUGAAAGAGAUUCAAGUUGUCCAGUUACAAAGAGCAACAGUUUCUGUUCUUCAGAACACCCCUUUUAUAUUACACAGCUGGUUCAAUAGCAGUGAUUACUUUUUACUUAACUUAAGUUGUAAUACAGAGAGAAAAAACAACAGACAGAUGUACGUUAUUGACAAAAUAUCCAUGAACAUGUUGAAAUUUACAGACAAAUUCGGAUGUAUUACCGACAUGUUGUAUAUUGUAAUGUAUUUUUAUAAGACGUGUAGAAAUACAGAAGCUUCAACUUGUUUAAAGAUGAUUGAUGUCAAAAUAGAAAAAUUACAUUCUAGGCGGAAUUCUAAUGUAGACACAAAUUCUGCAGAAGAGCAUUCCUGGAGUAUGAAUUUUAGAAAAUUGUUACCCAUGUCCUUCAGACUUUCCAAUAAAAUCUCAUAUAUAAUGGAAUUAAUGAUUGAACAACAUUGUAGUUUACAAAACAACAAGCCAUAUUUAUACAUCUCAUCCUUUGUCCUCUUUCUCAUGUUAAAGUUCUUAAAUAACAAACAUGUGGACAUAAGGAGAUCACAAGAAGCUUUAGACUACCUACAGAUUAUAACCGACCAAGGACAGGAAUUCUUCAUUGAAAAACAUACAAGAGACAUCUCAUGGCAGAUUCUUGGUAUCUGUCAACAAAUCUCAGGAAACCCCCAAGCCGCUUUGUAUGCAUAUAAACAAGCUCUCAAAGUAGAUCCAUGUAAUGAUAUUCAAAUUGCCACACAGAAAAGGAUACUGAAUGUAGAAGCAUGUAUUCGAUCAGGUUUUUACAAAAAAAACUGA